UCAAAAGUGAUUUUGAAUGUAUCAAAAUGACAGCAAAUAGUAAAGAUUCUUUUUAUGCACCAGAAGUGAAACCCCCCGCAGAUUUUAUUCUGGUUCAAAAAAUUGAGAUAUCAGAUGCCCUAAUAUUCCAAAAUACACAGUAUCUAACGAAUUUAAAAAAGGCGGGAUUAACUGUUGAAGUUGUUGAUGGCGUCAAAUUCACCGAUUGUAUUUUUGUCAAAUUAACCGCUUCCGAUGAAUCUUUUGCACACAUAGCAAAAAUACACGGAUUGUAUCCAACGUAUCAGCACGACAGAACGAUUCCGAAAUAUUCCCAAUGGUUCAGUUUUUUUAAAACUAAGAUAUCAUUAAAACCAAAGCUUCAAGAUCCGAUGUUUCGCAGAUGCAGUAAUUCAGUUCGAGGACAAGCAACCACGACGUUUACAAGCGCUGAAAGAAUCGCGUUAAUUAGUUGCGUUUUAGAGAGGACGCGAUAUGGUAGAUUACAAAAUGAAUAUGGUUUGGGAAGCUUAUUGGCCAAUAAAAACUUCCACGAUGCUUAUCCUUUACAUGAUAGUCCACUAAAAUGGAGCGAAUCUGGACCUUUAAGCGAUAGACAAAUUUUAGCUAAAUAUUGGGCAAGUUGGUUAAAAUUUUAUCAAUACCAACCGACUCAUAUUAUUUAUAAAUAUUACGGAUCGGAAAUUGCUUUUUUUUACGCCUGGUUGCAGUUUUAUACGAUAUUGCUACUUGUUCCAACAUUUAUGGGGUUAUUCACAAUAUGUAUAUCGUAUUUUGAAUUAAAUAUUUCACGGAAAUCAGUUCUUAGAGUGUAA